AUGAGUGCUGAUGCCGACCGGAGUCCGACGGAUCCAUUCUUGAACCCUCGAAGAAGUACAGGGGCGAGCCGCUCACGGGCUGACAAUGAUGGCGCCAUGGUAGUGGAGGUUGUGCACGACGGCCAGACAACCCCGUCCUCUUCCGCCGCACCUGCUGCACCGUUCGCUACUCGUGGUCGCCCUUCCGCGACCGUCGCUAGGGGAGAAAGUCCGAAGGAAUCUAUGGCGCAUCUAGCUAGCAAUGCAGCGACAUCUACAAGUGCUGCUGCAAUGAUGCCCCAUUCCCGCAAGCGAGAGCGACCGGCAGUCGCAUUGGCGUCCGCAGGCUCCCCCACCUCGACAACGGCGGCGCCCCCACUCGUGCAGAAGCGACGAAUAGCUCGCCAGCAGAAGAGCGGCGCAACACCAUCAUUGUCUCGUCGGGCAGGCAGUGCCGCUCGUACGAUCGUGGAUCGUGGUCAACACUCUGCUAAGGAUAGGUGUGAUGAGGAUGCCCUUGCUGAAGGUGCAGGCGGUGAGUGUGGCAGCGACCACGCAGAGGGCUACGCGUCCGACGACGAUGAAGAGGGGGACGCCGAGGAAAGAGCACUCGUUUCUGCGUCCAUCGCUUUGAUGGCGGGCCAAGGAGCGCUUACUGCCCCCUCGGCUGCCUCUGCUACGCCUCACUCGUGGCUUGUCACAGAUGCGUUUCACGUGUGUCUUUGGUAUGUGCUGCGCUACGCCGGACGCGCGUUGAGCGUGGAGGAUCUCUGGGCGUGUCGAGCCCUCCUCUCCUUGACUGCAGUCGACGCCACUGAAGAGGAAGAUGGCGGAGAGCGUGCGACCGCGCCGUUUGCUGCGGAGCAAGCACGAAGCGCAAACAUGCGUUUCGACGACUGGGCUUGGAGUGGCAGCGAGGAAUCGGAGUUGCUACUUAGGCUUCUCCUGCGCCAUGCGCACAGCUUCACCGCACGCCACCUCGAGCUCCGCUACGGGGACUGGCUGCACGUGCAGCUUGCCCUGAACGCGCUGACACAACGGCGCUUUCUCUGGUGGGCCACGAAACAGGCCUCGCUCGACUCUGCUGGUGGUGGUGCUGAGGCGGUGUGCCUGCACGGCGCUGAGGAGGACGCAGCCACAGACUUGACGGAGACCCCCUUGAUACCGGCCGACGAGCUCGCCUGCACGGAGAUGGCGCCAUCACCGCUGGUGGAGCACUACGACGGGGCACGAGUGGCGCGACUUCUUCUGAGUUGUUGCGACGAAGAUUGGCCGCAGCAUCGUCACGCCACUGCCGUCAGCAAGUCGGCGUCGACGUUUAGCAGCGUGGAGACGGUCAUUCGUGUGGCACAGGCGGUGCGCGCUACGGAGCUGCGGACGUUUCUGACGACGCUGCGUCACUGCAGCAAAGCACGGGCCCUGAUGGAUGAACGCGCUCGAGGGGGUGAUGGUUGCAUCACUACCCGUGCUAUCGCCCCCACCACGACAUCCACCCUCGGAACUUCAGGAAACGUUUUGUGCAAGGAUGGCAGUGUUGGCGGGGGGAUCAUGGCGGAACCAACGCCUGUGCUGCGUCCCAAGAGCGGCGACUGGACGGACGACGUCGCAUGUGUGCGGCCAGGGCAGAUUAGCCAUAACAGUCUAUACGACGUGAUACCGGGACGUAAGCGAGAUAUGAUUCGCUACCUUGCUGAGCGGCGGUACUCUGUGUGGGUUCCAUCAAGCACCGUCAACAGCUCACCAGCAGCAUCGGCGACUACUGAUGCUGCCACCACGGAUACAAUGAUGCCUUCUCACGGCCCGCCUCCUACAGAACCGCAUGCUCUCUCCUCUGUGCCGUUGACCACCAGGCCUUCCCCUCGAGGUGCAGUUCGUUGUACCAGUGUCUUUGCGAGUGCCCCUGAUAGGUCUCCAUUUCGUCGAUGUUUCCCGACUGUGAGUCUGGAGGCGGACGCGGUGGCGCAAUGCUGGGAUCGUAUUAUCGGUUCCGUCUAUGUGCCCCACUCAGGGCUAAGACAGCACCUGACGUGGAUUACGGAGCUAUUCCACGUAUUGACCUCCAACAACGGUGCCGGAAUGGUGAGUGGACAAGGCGCGAAAGCAGUGGCAGCCACAAUGACGGUGGCUACUCCGCCAACACUGCUGAUGGUGCGGCCGCAGCUUCUGCUCCUGCUACAGACUCUCGGUGCCGCUCGCCACCAGGCGCGGCCGAGCUUGACCGAGCCGUCACCAUCUACCGCGGCGCACCCGGACCCGAAGGCCUUCAAGGAGAGCGUUCCGCAUGCUCUUCUGCCCCAGUGGUGCUCACCACCACCGGUAGUAAAGGCGACAAAGGUAGCGUUGCCACGUGUAUGCGGACAGCUGCACAGAGACAUCUCCUCUAAUGGGAGAGCAGCCAACAAGACGGAGAGUCAACCUCGCCCUGAUGCUUCAGCCAAGCUGAAUGACAGUCAUUCAAGUUUGAUGGAUACGAUUGUGCACACAUCCCGCUCAUUUCAGGACUUUGGCGCUGCCGAGGAUGGCACGGUUACCCAGGUGUGGCCGACUCCACCGCAUGUGUGUCUCUUCUCCAGCCCUGUCACCUUGCAGGAAUACCGCCGGGCCCUUUCCACUCAGCGCGAGCUGUACUGCGUGACUGAGGGCGCCGUGACCGUAGCGCAGCGCCAUCGCGGAAAGAGCAGCACCUUCGUGUCGCACAUGUAUGACACUGUCAUGGCCGCCGUGCGUGCGGGUGUGGCGGCGGUGAAGCAGCAUCCACACCAUGCGCGCACCGCCGCCUCCGCCUCUUUGGCCUCUGUUAAGGCGACGCACUUGGGUUCCAUGCACCCACCUGUUCCUCCCGUCGUCUCCGAAGCAGCGCCGUUGUCAAAGCACUUUACGCAAUCGGUGACUGCAUCGCUGGAGUCACUAGUUUAUCAGCAAGGGUGCCACGCCGAGCAUCUUCUCAUUUUUACGCCGCUUUACCGCUGGUUCGCCUGCCUGGAGCUUUUGUUUCCACUACUGCAGAGCGCGCGACGGUACGACGACGCCAAUGCCUGCUUGCACCACCUUCUCUAUGAGCCAAUCUUUGUGCUGCAUCACAUGCCGGUGAGCAGCGCUCGCUGUCCCAUCUCCCCAGUCACGUAUGCGUUUCGUUACAAACCGCACAAGCGCGGGAAGUGGCUGGCGCGGCUGGCCCAGAACCUGUCUCAUCAAAAACGUUACGCGGAGGCGUUCGCAGUGCUGGAGGAGGCUCAGGCGGGGUAUCGUGAGUUGGCGAGCCACACGGCGGACGACGCGCGCUCGGUGACGAAUGACAAGUGGUUGCCGUGUGAUGUCAUGUCCAACUCUACAGCAGCUGCGCUCUGCGACGUGCUUGCAGGCAAUCAUUCUCCGGCCAGCGAGUCUGCGUUGCCGCUAAAGGUGCAGCGGCGCGGUCGCAUGCUUCGUGUACUCUGGCCUGCUGCUGCUUCUGCGAAGUUCGCCACUGGUGAUAACAACGCUUCUCCGCCUGCAGCAGAGGGACUGUCGCCUGACUCGCUCGCGUUGCUUCACGCAGCGUGGGAGUACGUGCGGGACCGGUACUACCGCCGCCAGGAUCGGCUCACACUGGAAAGGCUGCUGGCAAUGACGCACCGCAAAGUGCGUCAGUGGACUCCGCUAGCAGCGCAUCUGGAGUUUGCAACGCGUCGUUUCGUGGACGUGGCGAUGCGCCGCAUUGGCGGCGUGCGAGAUAAGCUGGAUCGCAUGCUUUGGCGCGAACCUAGCGGUCAAGCACCUGGAUGCCCAAGCGCAUCAGCAGGCGGAGUCGCGGAAGCAGCAAAGCCUACGACGCCGAGUGGUGUGCUCCACCCACAGCGUCGCCCUGCAUUGCCUGUUGAGCUGCUCGUUCUUCAGCACUAUCUGAGUCGAUGGAACGGCACCUCGAGGACGACGGCCGCGGACUCAAAUCCUGCCGCUGAUCCGCAGCAUCGGCGGCGCAAAGGCACGCUGACGACCAACUCCGCUAACGAACAAACCGAAGGGAGGGACAACGCCGGUGGCGCGAAGCUGACCUCUCUGUGGUGUGGCGUGCACUGCGAGGGUCAGUGGAUUGCUUGUCUUGCUCGAGCUCUCUUGUGGGACUGCUACUGGGCAUUUCCUUUUGUCUCUUCCCCGCUCGACAGCUUCCCAGUCAGUGCACGCGACCACGAGUCCGACCAGCCGCUGCCACCGACCUCUCCGACCCACGAGGUGCUCUGGCUCUCUGCGUUUCAGGACGGCCCACUCGAUUUGACCACGCCUAUUCAGUUUCUAUGGCGCCGACGCGCCUUGAUCGAGGCACGCCUGGCGCAGCUGGAACGCUGCACGAGGGAGGAACUGAUAGCAUACGUCGGUGCCCGCAUCAAGGUGGAAGGAAACACCGACGACAAGGCAUUGCCGAGCAAGCUCAAGACGCAAGGGCGAGACGCAGGGGUCGAAGCACCGCGUAAGGAGGCGCACGGAGUUCAGCGUGCGGAUGAGGACAAGGGCUACAGCAGGGACGAGGAGCAAGCACGCCGUCGACGCAGUCGAGAUGAGUACGGCUGUGGCCCACAUUCCCACAGCUACACCGCAAAGGUGGAGGAGGAAUUCCGCGGGAGCAAUGGAGAAGACUCGGUGCAGAUUGCGCCUUCCCUGCCAGCAACGCCACUGCUGUCCACUGGGUCCGAGACGUCGUUGCUUGUGCUUGGGCGGGUGGAGCAGGAGAGGAACGCAGAGGCGCAAAGAGUAGAGUCGGUUAAGGACAGCGCUGACGCAUCACUCUCCCCCCGCGCCCCAACGCUUGCUGUGCCAGAGGCAUGGAAGGUGCCAGUGAGGCCGCUGCCGCUGCUCGACAUUCUACGUGCCAUCCCCCUCAAGCCUCUUUGGCGGCUCUUGCGGUGUCUUUACCUCAGUCCAGUCACGGAAGGGGUGCCACUGGCGUUUUCUGGCUUCCCAGACUUGGUCUUUUGGCUCACUGGCGGCAGCGGCGGUAGCGAGUGCGGUAAUGCGGCUGUUCAGCCCUCAGUGGGGAGUGACUCUGCCGCACUGCGCACCUCUUUCUGCUUGAUGGAGGUAAAGGGCCCCAGCGAUUUCUUGAGCACGAAGCAGAUUGCCGUGAACGAUCUGUUGCAUCGCUGUGGCUUUGAGGUCUGCGUCGUGCGCGUGGAUGAGGUGUACGACGAUGGGCAGCGCGUCAGCACCAAACGCAUCCGCUAG